AUGAUCGUCAAGCAGUUGUCACUUGAAGCAAGGAUUGCAGCACUAGCUGGGAUUGUCUUCUUCUCCAUGAUAGCGUCGCGGACUUUUUUGGCUGAGAGGAUUCAGUUGAACAGAUUGAGAUGGCUGCUGAAGUUGCAGAUGGUGCUCUUUGCUAAUGCCCUGAUGCUCAUAGGAUCCAUUCAUAUAUGGAGAAGCACAGUGACGGUGUUCUGCAGAUCGCCAGCUGUUAACUCUUGCUGUUUCACCUUUUGGAAAGUAGCUGUGUUAAUGUUCCUGAUUUUGGCCCACUCAAGCUCUUUUACAAUGCUGUUUCUUGUGGCAGAAGAACCUUAUUUUUUUUCUUUAGCAGCUUAUACCUGUCUUGGAGGUUAUAUCAUCCUUAUCUUCUUCCUCUUCACCCUGGGUUCCUUGGAGCAAGGUUAUAAGCUUUUGGUCUACAGAAACACAAAUUUGGACACAGUCAACAAAAACAGCAAACUAGCAAUGAAAAAAACAGUUCUGGCAGUUAUGGUGACGGUUGCAUUGACUGUUUGUGGUUUCCUGAACGCUUCCCAGCCUCCUGCAGUGAAAUCCGUUGAAAUUACUGUUCACAAACUGCCAUUGUCUAUGGACAAACUGAAGGUGGUAUUGCUGUCUGAUAUCCAUCUCGGGCCCACUGUCGGGAAAACCAAACUUGAAAUGAUUGUAAAGAUGGUUAAGGUUUUAAAACCAGAUAUCACCGUGAUUGUGGGUGACCUCACUGAUUCCGAUGUGAAGGGCCUGGGGUCAGCUGUGGAACCUCUUGGCAAGCUGAACUCCCCUCUGGGAACAUACUUUGUGACAGGAAAUCAUGAGUACUACAGCUCUGAUGUCAACAGUUGGUUUGAGCUGCUGAAAUCACUCAAUGUUCACCCUCUCCACAAUGCGAACGCCAAGAUUGUGUCCUCCAAGGGCAGGGAGAGCGAUUGGUUUUGUUUGGCAGGCGUUGAUGAUAUCGAGGCCAACGUGUUGCGCUAUCCUGAGCAUGGCAUGGAUUUAGAGAAGGCUUUAAGGGAUUGCGAUGUUGAUCGUGCAAUAGUUCUCCUUGCUCAUCAGCCACUUGCUGCAAAAUGGGCAGUCGAAGCUCGGCCAGAUAUAAAUUUGGUCUUAUCUGGCCACACUCAUGGAGGGCAGAUAUUUCCUCUGAAUAUUCUUGCAUAUUUGGUGAAUCCAUUCUUUGUUGGGUUGUAUAAAGUUGGACAGACCACUUUUGUGUAUGUCAGUCCUGGGACCAUGUACUAUGGAAUACCAAUGAGACUGGGAAGUCGAGCAGAAAUAACGGAAAUCAUUCUGCGCUGUCCCUGAUCAGUUCACACCACUUUGUGUUUGAUUUCUUUUGGGUUUGUAUGAUUGAUCACCUUGUGCACAAA